CAAUAUUUACACCAUUUUAUGAUCUCAAAAACAAGAAGAAAAAAUUAACCCACAAAUUUUGAUCAUCGUCCAAAUGGUCUCCUUUCACACAACUCAAGUUCCAACACAAAGAAAUGUUUUUCCAAAUAUAGAAGAUUUGUCUAAGAAGAGAAAAUGGGAUGAUGAAUUCAAAGAAGAAGAUCAAAUUUCUUAUGAAAAGCCACAGAAAGCCAAGACUAUGACAUCUUUAUUCGGCACCCAGCUGCAUCUCGAGACUCCACUGCCCUUGGAGUGGCAAAGAUGCCUCGAUAUUAUGUCUGGACAUAUUUAUUUCUACAAUACAAGGACACAAAAGAGGACAUCAAGAGAUCCAAGACUGAGUACUACUCCUGAGCCACCAACUCCAGUGCAUAUGAGUUUAGACCUUGAACUCAACUUAUUACCAUGUGGAUCACCAGAAAAGAACCAAAAUUCUUAUUUCAUUGGUAAUAAUAACAAGAAUUCCAACAUUAAAAAGAAUAGUACUGAAGCUCAAGGUUUGAUCACUCGUUCUCCCUCUUGGCUAACAUUUGACGUGGAUCAACAAGAGAUGGUCACUGCUGUUUGCAAGAAAUGUCAUAUGUUAGUAAUGAUGUCCACAUCUUCACCAACAUGUCCAAAUUGUAAAUUUGUCAAUCCACCAGAUGAAACCCCUCCUACCCUUUUCAAGAGAAGGCUAAGCUCCUUUUGAUUAAUUAAUUAAUUAAUUAAUUAAUUAAUUUAAGAAUUAUCCUAGUUAAAUUCUAUGGCACACUUAGAAAAGCUUAUAUAUACUUUAAGUUAUAUGUAUAUACUUAUGUUACCCUAAAAAAGCCUGAUAAAUGUAUGAUUCUCACUUCUUUGGUAUCAUGCAUGAUUUUGUAAAAAAGAAUUUGGCUACUAUUAUUAUAUUGAAAAUUUUGCAA